UUUCCGAAUCCAAUAAAAAGAAAAAUGGAAUAAACCCAAAACAAAACCCAGAAAGAAUCAGAAAACCUAGGACAUCGCAAAUGGGCAUCAAGGAUCUUCUGAGGUUCAUGAAACCUUACAUUGAACCUGUCCACAUCAAGAAGUACGCUGGAAAACGCGUGGGUAUUGAUGCGUAUUCAUGGCUUCACAAAGGGGCUUAUUCGUGUAGUAUGGAGCUUUGUCUGGAUUCUAAUAGUGAAAGGAAGUUGCGGUACAUUGACUAUUUUAUGCAUAGAGUGAACUUGCUUCGCUUCUAUAAAAUAACUCCAGUUGUUGUUUUUGAUGGUUGCAAUGUUCCUUGCAAGGCCGCAACUGAGGAAGAGAGAAACAGGAAAAGAAGGGCUAAUCGUGAAUUGGCAAUGGCGAAGCUCAAAGAAGGGAAUGUUGGUGCAGCUUCAGAGCUCUUCCAGAGAGCUGUGAGUAUUACUCCCGUUAUGGCACAUAAGCUAAUUCAGACCCUAAAAUCAGAGAAGAUUGAGUUUGUUGUAGCUCCAUAUGAAGCAGAUGCUCAGUUAGCGUACAUGUCUCAGCUUGGAGUAGAAAAUGGUGGAGUUGCAGCGGUGAUCACAGAAGAUAGUGAUCUAAUAGCAUAUGGCUGUCCAGCUAUUAUUUUUAAGAUGGACCGUCAUGGGAAUGGUGAAAGAAUUGAGUUAGAGAAAGUGUUUUCUGCUGAGUCUGGUAGACCUUCAUUUCGGAGUUUCAAUAUGAAACUCCUCACAGGUAUGUGCGUCUUAGCUGGCUGUGAUUUUCUUCCAUCUGUUCCUGGAAUUGGUAUUGCUCGAGCUCAUGCUUUAGUUUCCAAGUAUCGGAACCUAGAUCGUAUCUUGUCUGUUCUUAAGAUCGAGAAAGGUGACCAAAUGCCUGAAGAUUAUGCCAAAUCCUUUCAAGAGGCUGUUGCGGUUUUUGAGCAUGCUCAAAUAUAUGAUGUCAAUUCUAAAGAGCUCAAGCACAUGAAUCCUCUUCCAGAAAAUUUUCUUGGGUCACUUGAUGGAAAAUUUGAUUUCUUGGGACCAGAAAUUCCUCCAUCAAUAGUCACAGCAAUAGCUGAAGGAAACUUGAAUCCGUCAACUAAGAAAGCCUUUGAUAAGUCUGAAUGUUCUAGAUUUCCUCUACAGCCCAUUGAUCUCCAAAGCAUUGAUCAAGUCCGGAAAGCUGAAGUUCCUGCACCAUCUAGACAGGGGAGUAGCUUUUCAAUCAUCACCUCUCAUUACACCAGAGAAAGUAAUGCAGUGGCAAGGCUUUCAGAUAAAGAUAAGUAUUCCAAUGAAGCAUUAGCACUUCAUAAACUAAUCAUGCCAUUGGGAAAUAAUGGAACAGAGGAAAAGACUAUUAUAUCUGAUUUCACUCCUUUGAAGUUUCCUGACAACAAUCCAUUCAGGAUAAGAAAAAAUGAGGGAACAUAUCAGACAAAGGACACUGUACAAAAAGUUUCUUUUGCCAGCAACAUGGGAUAUACCGACUUAUGCAUGUCUCCAGAUGACUUUGAAGAAAAGGGGUCUGAGAAUCUCUCAAGGAAAAGGAAAUUUCAGAACUUUUGCUCAGAUAAAGUUGAAGCCACUGAUGAACUGUUUUCAGGAGUGACUGAAGUAGAAAAAUCUGAUAUUCCAUGCAUGGCUGUGGAAUCCCCCGAAAGUAUAAAUUCUGAUCAGACUAAGAAAAUUGCCGAUUUGAAAGGAAGAAGUGAAAGUAAUAAGCAAUCCAAGAGAAGCAACAGCAAGAAAACGGGGAGUAACAACAUAACUCUUUUGAGUUUCUUUUCUAGAGUGUAAUCACCAAAUAUGUACAUGUCCAUAUUUUUUGUGGCAGCAAUUUUGAAUUUAAUUUUGAUAACAUUGUUAUUAGAAA